GGAGAAGAGAUUGUAAGACCAAGACAGCAGGCAGGCUGUGCGUCAGCCGGCACUCCAUAGGGAAACAUGGAGAUGAGCAGGGGAUGCUGAAGAGGACAGAGCACACCUUAACAGGAUCAUACAGAUGGAUGAUAUUUCAUCAAACAGGCAAUCUGAAGGCAGCCCACGCAGAGGAUAAACCACUUAUGGACGCAGUGGAUUAAAGACCUACAGACAGACUGAGAGAGAGAGAGAGAGAGAGGGAGGGAGAGGGGGAAUAGAAGAAGAGAAAUUAAUCAGUUCAGUUAUUUAUUUUCAUUGUCUGUGUGUGCGCACUUUCUGUCAGAAUCGGUGUGUGUGUGUGCCUGCAUACAGUCUAUGCGUGCAUAAGGCAGGAGACUGCAUUGCUGCUCUCCGGCACCACAGGACAGACGAAACAGGCAGCCGAGCAGAUUACCUUCUGUGUUUUUUCCUAUUAUUUCUGUCUCUCUCCCCCUCUCUCUAUGCAUGUGUGUGACUGGCUGUGCAGUAAAGCACAGUAAAUGUGUGUGUGUGUGUUAAAGCUGAGAAUGAAAGAAGAGAAUGAAGUCUGAAGUGAGCCACAGAGUCUCACUUUAAAUGUUUUUUUGUCUGAUCAUCAACAACAGGCUUGAAGAAAAAAAUUCUGAGGAGGAGAAUCUUUUUUCCUUUUCUUUCUCCUUAUUUUAUUGUCUUGGUCAGAUAUCAUGUCAUAGCUACAGCCGAAGCCUCGGUGCUGAUCAGGGUGGCGUCUAUGCUGGAGGCUUGGAGGUUUGAAGGGCCGCCACCGGGGAAACUUCUCGGCUCUACACCCCAGGGAGGUGGAGGCAUCAUCAGGUAGGAGGUGGCGGAUUGAGUGGGUCUGAGCGGAAGGCAGGAGAGAGAGUAGGAGGAAGAGUUCUGCGUUUGUGUCGUAGACUGUGUGGGCAGGCCGAUGGCAGGCCAGUGGAGCUGCCUGAUGGUCUAAACUUCUGCUGAGAGGAUAAUGGCAGCUCUGGCCCUACUCUCCUCCUCUCUCACCUACAUGUGCCACAGAGAUAUUGGGAAGUGCUAGCCAAAGCUACAAAGAGCCCACCAAGAGGAUGGUGUGAACAGGAACGUGCUUUCCCAACAAGCCGGGAGACCCCUGACACAGCUGUGAGGGGCCACAUUUUAUUCUCCACCUCACUUCUCCUUCUUCUACGCCGAGCUAAUAGGAAACAAAGAGCGGCCUGUCUUGAUUUGUGUGGGAGUUUUCUCCCUCCCACUCCCACUCCCUCUUCCACCUCCUCACCCCUGCCCUCACAACCUCCAAACUCAUCUCCAUGGAUUGGUUCUAGCACCAACCUGUCCUCUUUUCUCCCUUCUUUUUCUUUUUCUUUUCUUUUUCUUUUUGUCGAGGCUUCAGGGGAAUUGCCAAGACCUGUUUCAUGCAUGUCCACUGGCGGCAGGUUCAACUUUGACGAUGGGGGGUCAUACUGCGGAGGGUGGGAGGAGGGCAAGGCGCAUGGUCACGGGAUCUGCACUGGACCCAAAGGCCAGGGCGAGUACUGUGGGUCCUGGGCCCAUGGGUUUGAACUGCUGGGUGUCUACACUUGGCCCAGUGGGAACACCUACCAGGGCACCUGGGCUCAGGGCAAGCGGCAUGGUGUGGGCGUUGAGAAUAAAGGCCGCUGGGUGUACAAGGGCGAGUGGACGAAUGGCUUUAAAGGACGCUAUGGGGUGCGGGAGAGCACAGGGACAAGCGGGAAGUACGAAGGGACGUGGAACAAUGGCCUGCAGGACGGAUAUGGAACAGAAACAUACUCCGAUGGAGGAACAUUUCAGGGUCAGUGGGUUGGCGGGAUGCGCCAUGGCUACGGAGUUCGGCAGAGUGUCCCAUACGGUAUGGCGGCUGUUAUCCGCUCCCCACUUCGUACCUCCAUAAACUCUCUCCGCUCUGGUUCAGAGCACAGCAAUGGUACAGCUCUGUUGGACCGGACUGGGGCAGUGAUUCCUGGACCUCCUCCACUUCCUGGCACUCUGACCACCAGCGUCUCCAUGUGCAGCACAGGAAGCAGCGGCAGCAGCCCCGCAGUGUCUCGGGGAGGUUUUGUGCUGACGGCACACAGCGAGGCUGAGCUGCUGAAGGGGAAAAGAAAGGGCGGGCUUUUUCGAAGAUCUAUCCUAUCUGGUCUCAAGCUGAGGAAGUCCGAGUCCCGGAGCUCUCUGGCCUCCCAGAGGUCUAAACAGAGCUCAUUCAGGAGUGAAGCCGGCAUGAGUACUGUGUCCUCUGCUGCAUCUGAUAUCAACUCUACCAUCAGCCUUGGGGAUGCAGACACUGAGCUGACUGUCGCUGAUGACGACGUGGAUGCCACAGCAACAGAGACCUACUGUGGGGAGUGGAAGAACGACAAGCGUACCGGAUUCGGAGUGAGCAGGCGGUCCGACGGGCUGCAGUAUGAAGGGGAGUGGCUGAGCAACAAACGUCAUGGCUACGGCUGCACCACAUUUCCUGAUGGGACAAAAGAGGAAGGGAAGUACAAGCAGAACAUCCUGGUGAGCGGCAAGAGGAAGAACCUGAUCCCCCUCCGAGCCAGUAAGAUCAGAGAGAAGGUGGACCGAGCCGUGGAGGGAGCACAGAAGGCAGCAGAUAUUGCCCGGCAGAAGGCUGAGAUCGCUCUUUCCAGGACGGCUCACGCGCAGGGCAAAGCCGAGGCGGCGGUAACAGCCGCCCAGAAAGCCCAGGAGGAGAGUCGCCUCGCGAGGGUCACCGCCAAGCAGUUCUCCCCUUCCUUCCAGCACCCAGGAAACGGUAUGGAAGUGCAGCGUCCCAAGCGUCAGGUGUCCAGCGAAGUGGAGGGUGAGGGGUUGUCGAGUAGCGCUGGGACAGCUGACAGUCCAGACCUCUAUGUGAAGAGUGCGGCCUCCGAUGACCCCUCUAAUGAUGCUGCAACCCCUGAUCUCAGCCCGCCUUCGUCUUCGCCACCCCACACCCCACCGCCACCUGCCCGGCCGUCGCAGCGCAGCAAGAGCGCCCGUUUCCACCGGCAGACCGCAGUGGACCAUGGGGACAGGGGUAGGGAUGGAGGAGAUAGAGGUGAGAAAGGUGGGGGAGGAGAGCAGACAGAGAUUCAGGUGUUGAUGGAGGGAGGUAGUGUGGGAGGUGAAGGUGUUGGAGGAGGAGGGAAGGGUGAGUAUCCACGGGCCAACAGCUGGAGUGAAGACAAAAGGAGGGGAAUGUUGUCAAAAGGGGGAGGUGGGAUCAGUGGGCGAGGCACUAGCCGGACCAAUGGACACAAACACAGCUCCUCUAAUCACAAGUCGCGGGAGCACAGCUCUUCCAAUCACAGACAGGCCAGGUGGACAGAGUCAUCCUCAUCUGCCUCUUGGACGUCCGGCCACAGAGGUGUGCACGGCAGGGGAGGCCGGCUGCUGGAGCAGGACGAGGAGAAAAUUAGCAACUACGAGAUGGAGAUGAAGCCUUUACAGCCCAGAGACUCAACUACCCACAAGCCCCAUGGGCAUGGGGAGGAGAGGCAUGGUCACGGAGAGGGGCGUUCGCACGCUGUACAGCGACAGAGGCAUAAGAACCGAGAUGGGAGGGAGGGAAGGGACGGGAAAGAGGGAAGGGAAGGGGGAAAGGACUCUUUGCACAAGCUGGACAGACAGGGGGAGAAGAUGGACUCGCGGCCUCUCCGCCGGGACCUCACCCUCUCCCCCCCUCUGAAAUCAUCCCCCAUCACACCGGCACAGCAGGACCACAGCCUCAUACAGAGCAAAGGCAACUCGGCCUACAGCUCCAUCCUGGUUGUCAUGGUGAUUCUGCUCAACAUUGGAGUGGCUAUUUUGUUUAUCCACUUUUUUAUUUAAAGACAGCAGCGCUUUCAGAGUCAGCCUACCUAUGCUACAACAACUAUAAAUUCAUACGAGUAUUACGGCGAAUCUGCUGCCCCUUCGUGUUCCUGGUGAGAUGGCUGCAACCAGCUAGGACCAAUGAGGGCUCCACCGUCACUUGGGCUAAAGGUGGCUAACCCAAACUAAGCAGAGCUUGGUCCGGCCGUUGCGGAAGAAAUGCUGAAGCGCAAAGCCCAAAGAAGUGGACGCAAGAGGGGUAAACCAGUCCAGAUGACUGGACUGCAGGGAGAUAAUACAGUCCAGGAAACUGGACUUAAGUGAGCUUCACAAGUUCACAUCAAGACUGGAGUGGGCUGUCUGAUUCUCAGGCACGAGAGCUGCAGCUGGCUUUUACAGCAAGUGCGCAGACAGGACUGACCAGACAGACUUUUUCAUCUUCAAAUCAUAGUUUUCAACAGAUUUGUAACUCAAAAUUUAUUUAUUAACAUAUUUCUCUCAUGUACAAUACAUCGAUGGAUAUGUUCUUUAUUUUGUAACCCUCCUCCCCUCUUUCUAAAUCUCCUGCCUUUUGGUUCUUCCGCCUGACCCGGUGUUGUUACUGAUGGUUGUGUGAUUGCGUCGGUUGUGUUGGCUGAUACACACUCAAGAGCUGCACAGUGUGUGCGCGCUGACCACACAUGCAUGCAUGCAUGCACACACACCCAAACACAUUCAAUGCUUUUACCCCGUCCUUCUUAUUCAUCUGUUCUUGUUCUGUGUGUCUCUGGUUAUGUGUGUGUGUGUGUUUGGAUACUGUAUUUACAGUGAAAUGUGAGUUUCUAUCAAGCUUGGAUGUUUUUGCCAUCACGGUAUGUGCGUGUGUGUAUAUGUGUGUGUGUGGUCUCCAAGUUACACAGUGGCCUUUCACGCUGCUCAUGAACUUUACAAGAGCAUCUCACGAGGACAGAGUUGCCGCACAGCAACAUCUAGCCUACUAGCAUCCGCUGACAGCUGUGCUCCCUCCAUCUCUCUCCCUCCCACUCUCCCCACCUCCACACACACCGGUCAAAGGGUGGAACCUGAGUUGGUGGCUGUUUGCGGCACAGCUUAUUGGCAGAGCCCUGCGCCCGCUGUACCACCAGCGGAGGUAUUUAGAGGAAAAUACCACUUCCACUGAAGCCUCACAAAUGUGGCUCUGCUGGCGAUGUCUCCGACUGCUUCUGUUAAAACUUAACCUGAAGAUAAUGACAACAUAUUUUAUACUAUACUUGCAAGAUGUCUGAAAAAAAAUACUAGUCGCCCACCUGCAUUGCUUUUGUAGAGCAAAUUGAUCCAAGUACAACAAUGCAUGCAUAUGUACUGUAAUAACUUAGUUGUGCAUUGAAUCUGAAAGCAAAACAAGCUUCAGAAGCAACAUGUUAGGCUUUGAUAGGAGCACAGUCUGGAGACCAGCGUCUGUCUUAUUGAUUUUACUAGGAUAAAUGACACAGAUUAAUUGAAGCUAGGUGAUGCAAGGCUAUUGUAGCAAGCAGUAACCGGGGCCAAGUCAGGAUUUAUCAUCUCCAUUCCUUAACUUCUCCCCUGCUAAGCAAGACUCUUAGUGACACACAAGACUGCCACAGAUACCUGUCACAGUUUUGUAGUCACCUGGAUUUCUCUCAAACCCAUAACACGACAAACCCUCUGUUUCUUUAUGUGUAUGCGCAUGAAUGCUCAUCAAAGUAGGUGAAUGUGUGUGUGUAUGUGUGCACGUCCUCCUUUCACACGAUGGAGUGGCGAGAUGGCUGAGGCCAUCACCAUUGGUAACAACCUCCAGGGGCAGAGAGGUUUGCUGUUGCUUUUCUGUCCGACAGCGUUUCUCAGGCUGUGGGCUCAUUUCUGGCGUUUCCCCAUGUUCUGACAACAGCUCGGUCUAAUGUGGCAGCACCCUGAGAGGCACAACUAUAGAUCUUUAUUUGAUUUCGGGUCCCAGAAGAAGCUCUGCUAUAUGCCAUCAGCCUGGUGACGAUGCCCUGCACCACCACGUUAGUCUGCAGCAUGCUACAGCAUGCCAAGCUCUCUCUCUGUAGUUUCACUCUCCUUUCUUUCUUUCUUUCUCUUUCUUUCUUUCUUUCUUUCUUUCUUUCUUUCUUUCUUUCUUUCUGUUUC